GAAGAAGAAGACAACUUCAACAUGGCGGCGCCCUGUUACCAUGCAUACUGUGCAGUUGGACUGAGCAUCUUAACAGGACUUUAACUUCAUCAAAGAAACUUGCUUUUGUUUGAUUAAAACUCAGAAGUGGAGGAAUGGCUACUGCAGGGAAGCAAAUAAAAAAGGAAAUAAAAAAAACAAUUCCAUCCAAGACUUCCUUCACCUCACCGUUCACUCCGAAAUGGAGCCCACUACCCCAAGAAGACAUGCAUUUUAUCCUGAAUACCCUGACGGACAAGCUGGUUUCCACUGGUCUUGAGAAGAAAGAGGUGAAAGUGUUUCGCCCUUGGAAGAAAAAGAAAGACAAGAAGAAUCCUAUCUCCAUAACAGAGCCUCAUCCUGAGGUGAGCAAAGACGCUGCAGUGCAGGGCUCUCCGAAAAACGGCUGGACGAAUGUGGCAGCCAGAAGACAACUGGCCAUCGGCAUCAACGAGGUCACCAAAGCUCUAGAGAGAAACGAGCUCAAACUGUUGCUGGUGUGCAAGUCUGUCAGGCCGAAACACAUGACAGAUCAUCUUAUCGCUCUAAGUGCAACAAGAGGUGUGCCGGCCUGCCAGGUGCCUCGACUGAGUCAGAGUUUGUCCGUGCCGCUUGGGCUGAAAAGUGUCCUCGCGCUGGGGUUCAGAUGCUGCGCCUCCAAGGAUGAUGAGGCAUUCACUGACACCGUUGAGGCCAUUACACCCAGAGUGCCCUCACCAGAUGUCACCUGGCUAAAAGGUGCAGCACGGAGUGUUAAACCUGAAGUCUCUGUGGACCCUGAAGAGGAGCAGGAGGGCGCUGGUGAAAAGAAGGGACAGAAAAGGAAACUAGAAAGUGAUUCUGAGGUCACAGAGUCUGCCUCCCCCUGUACCCUGCAACCUCUCAAAGUCAAGAGAAUAGUGGCUAAUCCUACAAAGAAAAGAAAAAGGAAGGCUAAGUCAUAGUUUGUUAUACAAAACAGAAAAUCAACAUUCAUUUUAGAAGAGGUGUUCCUUUGUUUUUUGAAAGUUAAAGCUAGAUGCUUCCAUGUGUUUCUUAAAAUGAGGUGUAGUCUACUUGUGAGCCCUUUUUUAAAAGCCUACAGCCUUUUCUAUUAAGGUUGUUAAAUAUGAGCUUUUAGUUAAGUUAUUUUCUUUUAAUUUUAGAAAAUGUACUCUACUAAGGUUACAAAAAAAACAUUUUGUGGAAGUUUUUUAUUUUAUUUAUCAAAACACACCAUGCAUGUGAGUGUACGUUUUCUGAAUUAAUUUUUCUCCCCUUUGGUUUAUCAGAAUCAUUGCUUAUGCUUUGUAGAUCACUCUGAGAGCAGUCUGUUUUAAACUUGGAGAUGAGUACAUAACAGUGUUCAUAGAACUCUUGAUAGACAGUGUUUGAAAGACUGGAUGGCAGUUAACAUGAUUUAAAAUGAAUUGUUUAGAGAUAGUUUGAAUGCUUGUGUGACAUACAUUUCAGAGUGAAAGCAAAUUGGUUACAGACAAAGCUUAUACUAUGUCAACUGAUUUAAUUAAACCUGUAAACAACA